UUACUGAUGGUAAGCUUGUUUGUUCGUUUUUUAAGAAGCUGUUUUGCAUUGAAAAAACAACACCAGCUAAAUUUUGUGGCCUUGGUAGUUAGCUAUGCUUGAAAUUUGUUUGGCGUUCUGUCUUUGCUUGGCAUCAUCUUUAACUGAACAAACCAAGCUCCAAAUUAACAAAAUAUGAUCUACUUUCUUGUUAGAGCAGAGGGUAAAGGCAAGUAAAAGCUGCCACCAACCCCUCCAACAGCAGGAUGAAUGUGCAUUGGAAUAAAUCUGAGCCCAUUUUGAUCGAUGAUGAGAUUCUGCAGGAGGCCGUAAUGGAGAAACUUCCCCUAGGGCAGGCUAGUCAUGCUGCAAAGGUGGAGCAGAUCCACUUUAGUGAAAUCCUUAACCUACAUCUGGAAUACAGAAACAUCCUGAGGAUUGACCACCUAUGGGAGUUCACGUCUUUGUCCAGGCUUAAUUUGAACAACAACCUCAUAGAGAAGAUUGAGGGUCUGGACCGUCUGGUGAAUCUGACAUGGCUUAAUUUGUCAUUCAACAGCAUAAAGAAAAUUGAGGGUCUGGAGUAUCUGCAGAAGCUUGAAUUGCUGAAUUUGACCAACAACAGAAUCUCUGUCAUUGAAAACAUGGACGCACUUGAGAAACUCACUCAUUUCAGCAUUGCAAACAACCACGUUGGACAGUUGGACAAUGUGCUCUAUCUCAGGAAGUUUAAGAACCUGUCCGGCCUCAGCCUACUUGGAAAUCCUGCCUCCAAGGACAGUGAUUACAAAUUUUUCAUUGCAGCCUACUUUCCAAGGUUGAUGUUCCUAGAUUACAGAUUACUUGAUGAGAAGACGAAAAAUGAAGCAUCUAUCAAAUACCACUAUGUCUUUGAGGAAGUUCGCCACGAGGAGUUGCAGAUGCAGCAGGCUCAUGAGGCUGAACAAAACCAGAAAGCUGAAAUUAACCUGCAUACGGAUGCCUUUGUGGAGUCCCUGAAUGGGUCUUCUCUAUUUAAGAGCAUGAUCAAAGAUGAUCCUGAGGCACAGACAAUACAAUGUGUGCCUGGAGUGGCUCCUCUGCUUCAAACAUUUGAGCACCAAAUGGUGGAGCUGUGUAUGCAGUUAUUUGACACAGGCCUAGCUGAACAUAAGCGAAGAGAGACGGAGCUGAGCUCCUUCUUCAGUGCUCAGGCUAAGGUCAUGACAGACUACCAGGAAAAAGCAUCGCAAAUAUUGGCAAAGUUUGAGCCGCAACACAAAGAGAGGAUCAUGGAGUUGCAGCAGUUAUCAGACCCAGACAUGCUGAGGGUCAAGAUCAGCCACUGCAAUGAUGAGCUCAGCCAACUGUGUAAAAGCCUGAUGGCAGUGGAGUUUCAGCUGGUCAGCCAGCUGGAGGAUGUCAUCAAAAAGUUUGACAGCAACAUGUCAGACAUGAUUAACAACUUCAGUGAAACUGCUCAAGGGAUAUUUGCACAAUGCCGAGAUCUGGAGGAUGAUUAUCAUCAAAAGGUAAAGGAGAUUGUUGUAGGAACUCUGGAAAAUGUGGCCAAGGACGAGCUUGAGGAGGACAUCCCAGAGGAUGUUAAAAUGCUGUUUACAGACAGAGACACAGUGAUGGAUGCACUAGCCACCAGCCACGAUAACCACCUGCUGAAGAUCAAUGACAGAGAGACUCAGCUGGUAACACGUGUCAAUGCGUGGAAAGUGGCCCUCAUUAAAGGGAUUGAAGACAAAGAACUGAAGCAGAACCGUAUGCGCAUCUCAGACAUCCACAGAUAUGUGGACUAUUUGAAGGAACAGCUGGAAGACUUUCAGUAGCAUCAUCAGUAAACCAUCUUUGCCCAAAUUCUCUGUUAUGUAUUAAUUUUUUUCUUUUUUAAAAAAUGUAACAGGACAUUUUCACAGCCUUUCACUGUGUACAAGCAAAUACAUUUCUAUGUAUGUUCUAUCCACAAUAAAGUAUUCAAGAAAUUA